AAUAUCUCCAGCAGCCUUUCAGUGCACCAAAUUCUACAUCUCCCAAUCUUACAAUAUGCAAUCGUUUAAAACCCAUCCCAGUGCCAUUUAAAUAUUCUUCUUAGUCUUAUCGUAUCUUCUACAACAUUCAACAUUGAGUCAUCCACACUGAUCCACACGGCCUUUCACCCAGAUUUCACAAUACAGGUUUAUGAUGUUUCACUCAUGUUGGAGGUGACUACAUUUAAAAACAAAGACAAUUUCAAAUAAAGAUACCAUAUAAACCAUAUAACCAUAUAACAAUUACAGCACGGAAACAGGCCAUCUCGGCCCUACAAGUCCGUGCCGAACAACUUUUUUUUCCCUUAGUCCCACCUGCCUGCACUCAUACCAUAACCCUCCAUUCCCUUCUCAUCCAUAUGCCUAUCCAAUUUAUUUUUAAAUGAUACCAACGAACCUGCCUCCACCACUUCCACUGGAAGCUCAUUCCACACCGCUACCACUCUCUGAGUAAAGAAGUUCCCCCUCAUGUUACCCCUAAACUUCUGUCCCUUAAUUCUGAAGUCAUGUCCUCUUGUUUGAAUCUUCCCUAUUCUCAAAGGGAAAAGCUUGUCCACAUCAACUCUGUCUAUCCCUCUCAUCAUUUUAAAGACCUCUAUCAAGUCCCCCCUUAACCUUCUGCACUCCAGAGAAUAAAGACCUAACUUAUUCAACCUAUCUCUGUAACUUAGUUGUUGAAACCCAGGCAACAUUCUAGUAAAUCUCCUCUGUACUCUCUCUAUUUUGUUGAGAUCCUUCCUAUAAUUGGGCGACCAAAAUUGUACACCAUACUCCAGAUUUGGUCUCACCAAUGCCUUGUACAAUUUUAACAUUACAUUCCAGCUUCUAUACUCAAUGCUCUGAUUUAUAAAGGCUAGCAACAGGCUGGUCCUCACAAACCCGGAUACACUGUACAAAAGGAUGGAUCUGAGAUUAUGUUUACAGCCAUAGAAAGAUAAACAUGUGUCUUUUUAUGAAACUCCAAUCAUAGCCAGUACCAAUUUUCUGCAGCCAGUCAUGAAUGGGUUAAAGCAGAAAUCCAAUGUUCAUGAUCUGGACAAUUAGGCAAUAAACUGCUGAAGAUAACAGUGAAAAUCCCUGAUUGUAUACCAUGUGCCAUUAUAAAAUGAAUCUUAUCGUAUGUACUGUUCUGUUGGUUAGCAACAUAUGAGAGAUGGGGGUGAAUUAAGCCAGACUGCUGCACAUCAACCACAGUGUUGUUCAUUAUGAUACUAUUAUUGCUGUUGAUCAAUCAGGGAAAAUAUGCUCACUGACUCAUUUGAAAGCUGCCUCAUGCAGUCCAUUUUACUUUGGCUGUAGUGUUAUGCACGCAACGGGCUGGUCCUCACAAUCCCGGAUUUUUCAGUUGCUUCAGCUGCUUUGUGGUUCCAUCUGCUUUAAGGAUACAAGAUGUGUUAGCAAGUAGUCCAAUUUCUUCUGCUGAAUCUGCAUUCUCAUUUUGUUGAACUAUGGAUGUUAAUUGGUUUGGUGGCAUUGUAACUGUGCUUUCUCUGCUCAUCAUCGCUUCCAAUGCUCUGGCGAUAGUGGUGUUGGCCCUGAUGAUUUCGAAGAACAGAUCUGCCAGCUUGUAUUUCAUCUUGAAUCUGGCAGUUGCAGACAUACUCGUGGGAUUCACCUGCUUUGGAACAGCGGCCAUAGUGCUCAGCAGACAGAGCUUUACUACCACCACGACUUUGUGCAUAUUGCGGAUUUCAUUUGUAAUCUCACCGUCUGCUGCCUCUAUCUUGACGAUGGUCUCUGUGGCUUUUGACCGUUUUCUAGCCAUAAAGGUACCUUUACGGUACUGCCAACUAAUGACAGGCAAAAUGGUGGCUUUGAUCAUUGCAGGACUCUGGAGCAUCGCACUUUUAAUUGGAUUUCUUCCAGUAAUCAUUCAGCAACUAAAGCCCGAUAAAUAUAACUAUAUCUGCAAACUGUUCUCAGUUAUCAAUCCUAACUACGUUAUAGUUGUAUUUUGUGCUUGCUUUGUUCCUGCCUCAUUAAUCUUUGUCUACUUCUACAGUGUAAUCCUGAAAAUAGCAUAUUCACACACACGGCAAAUCCUGGAGAGCGAACGGAUCAGCUCUUCCAUCAGCCCAGCUACCCCAUCACGCUGCCACAUCCGAGACGUAAAGGCAGUGAGGACCAUAGGGAUUCUUGUUGGAUGUUUUAUGGUUACCUGGGCUCCAUUCUUCAUUGCAAGUACCGUCCAAGCCUGUUGCAUUAAAUGCCAACUAUAUACAUUAAUUGAAGACUACCUAUGGCUUCUUUGCCUGUGCAAUUCUCUGAUGAAUCCGCUGAUUUAUUGCUACUGGCAAAGGGAUGUGAGAAUGCAACUUUGUCAGAUGUUCUGCUGUGUAAAUUUCAGAAUCUCCCACAUUCUUAACUUCAGCUAUCAGCAGGAAGCUGGUGACGUCCAGAGUCCUGGAUCGGAGAUGGGGGAUGAAGAUCAAUUACGUACAGCAAUUGGGAACGUCAGUUAUCCAAUGACAACAAAUAUAUCCAAAGGUAUGUGAAAGUACGUUUCAGAUUCAAAAAAAGUAAAUGGAAGCUGUUAAGUGUUGUUUUACUGAAGUAGAUUGCCUCUGAAGUAAAAUAAACGUUAUAUUAUGUAACAUCAUUAACCAAAGUAGCACUUGUUCACACAAUUAAAGAAUAAAAUAAAUAUAUUACAAUUAUGCCAGACAUAUUGUAUCUCUUUGCCUGACCAAGUGCACACAAGCCAUGCUACCCAAUGGCCAUUGACUUACAGUAUAAGAAAUUGUAGCUCAACCUGGAGGACGUACUUGAGCAGCACUGGAGCUUAAAUUCGUGUCUUCAAUAGAAUUGUGUCAGUACAAACAGCACCACAGUGCAUCGUACACUUGCCAGCUGAAAAAGAGCCCUCAAAGCGCGUUGGAGUCUGAGGCAAAACUUUAGCAAUUAGGAGGCCUGAGAAGGCUUUUAAAGAGAAGGAAGAAGGAGGAAGUGGAAAAGUUGGAAAAAGUAUUGAGCUCAGUGCCAAGAGUGACGUAAAGAAAUGGAGGACAGAGUCCAAGUGCAAAGUUUGUUGGGUGGAGAUUUCAAAAAUAGAUCAUGGAUAAGUAACGGAUAGAUAACUGAUAGGUAUGACAAUAAGGAACAUGAUUUUAAGUGUUAUCCUUUGUGAACAAAGGACUAUAUUUACUAAUGAUUGGGGAGGUGGGCAA